AUGGAGAGCGUUGAAAACGAAUCCCUCGUUCUGAUAAAACAAGGAGCUGAAGCUAGGGUGUUUGAGUCUACAUUUGCUGGGAGAAGAUCCAUCGUGAAAGAGCGCUUCUCGAAGAAAUAUAGACACCCGAUUUUGGAUUCUAAGCUCACUAUCAAACGCUUGAAUGCUGAAGCUAGGUGUAUGACAAAGGCGAGAAAGCUCGGUGUUUGCACUCCGGUCCUCUACGCCGUGGAUCUUCAAAUUCACUCCUUGACACUUGAGUAUAUUGAGGGCGUCUCUGUUAAAGACGUGUUCCUUGAGUUUGGUGCUAAUGGGAUCGUCGAGGAACGGUUAAAUGAUGUUGCUGCUCAGAUUGGAGAAGCUAUUGCUAAGCUCCAUGAUGGUGGUUUGGCUCACGGUGACUUGACCACAUCAAACAUGUUAGUUAGAAGCGGAACAAAUCAGCUGGUACUGAUUGAUUUCGGUUUGAGUUUCACAUCGACUUUGCCUGAAGACAAAGCUGUUGAUUUAUAUGUACUUGAAAGAGCCUUGCUCUCAAUGCAUUCUUCAUGCGGGAAUGUGAUGGAUCGUAUACUAACAUCGUAUAGGAAGUCGUCAAAGCAAUGGUCAGCUACGUUUAACAAGCUUGCGCAAGUGAGGCAACGAGGAAGAAAGCGGACUAUGAUUGGAUGA